CAGCACAUCUUUUUAUUUCCCCGACGCGGCUCAUUUGAGGCUCUUUUGUGCGUCGGAGGCCAAAUUUUCCACUUUGAUUGGAGCGCAUCAUGAUCGGUUGCACAAGCGGAACGCCGAGCCGCCAAUCUGCGGGGAGGCGCAGAGAAUCCAGAGCUUUGUGGCUGAUUGGACACACCUGAUGCGGUUGGAGCGCAGGCUGAUUAUUGUGGCAAUCAGAUGCUGAGAAACACGCGCAAUUUUAGUUAUAUGCUACUACUUCUACUUCUUGCUCAAUGAACUAAUUGUUGGAGAUACAAGUGGAAAGCUGCUUGUUUACAAGAAUGAUGAAUCCAAGCCCUGGAUCACAAGAACCUGUGUUGGAAUGCUGACCUGCGUCGCAGCCGGAGACGUCUGCAACAAGGGAAAGAAUCUUGUCGUCGCUGUGGGAGCAGAAGGAUGGUUCCAUCUCUUCGACCUGACGGCUGCCAGCGCCAGCAAAUCCGACUCCUCCAGCCAACAUGAGCUCCUCUGUCCUGACGACCAGAGACCCUUCUUCACCCAACACAUCCCGGCCAACACCAAAGUCAUCCUCAUCAGUGACAUCGAUGGAGAUGGGCGCUGUGAGUUGGUGGUGGGAUACACAGACCGGGUGGUCCGAGCUUUCCGCUGGGAGGAACCGUCCGACAGUUCAGAUGGGGGAUCCGGUCAGCUGGUUCUCCUGAAGAAGUGGCUACUGGAGGGACAGGUGGACAGCCUGUCCGUCAACCCGGGUCCCGAGGGUUUGCCGGAGCUCAUGGUGUCCCAGCCGGGCUGCGGUUACGCCAUCCUGCUCUGCACCUGGACCCAGCAGGACUCCACCGAGUCUGAGGACGACGCCCCUGCCACGCCGGGCAGUGACGGGCCGUCCAGAGAUGUAGUUCUCCACCUGACCAGCGGGCGGAUUCACAACAAAAACGUUUCUACUCACCUCAUCGGCAGCAUAAGCAAAGGUUCAAAAGAGGAAUCCUCAAAAUGUGGACUGUUUGCACUUUGUACUUUAGAUGGAACCCUGAAGCUGAUGGACAGCUCAGAGCAGCUCUUGUGGUCAGUUCAGGUCGAUCAUCAGCUCUUCGCUCUGCAGAAACUUGACGUCACUGGAGAUGGCAGAGAGGAGGUGGUGGCGUGCGCCUGGGACGGUCAGACCUACAUUAUCGACCACAACAGGACUGUGGUGCGCUUCCAGUUUGACGAAAAUGUCAACGCCUUCUGUGCAGGUCAGUACACUUGCAAGGAGGGUAAAAACAGCCCCUGUCUGGUGUACGUCAGUUUCAACCAGAAAAUCUACAUCUACUGGAAGGUGGAGCUUGAGCGGAUGGAGUCCACCAACCUGCUGCGAGUGCUUGAGGAGAAGCCUGAGUUUAAAAGCCAGCUGAAGGCUCUGGGAGUUGACGGUGAAGAUCCGGCUGCAUUGAGAGAUCUGGUGGCGAAUGUUCUGUACCAGGAUGCACAGACGUAACGCAGCAACAGAUUUCCACCACACUGCCUCCUCUGUUUUCUACAACAGUGUAUUAAGGCCACAGCGGACAGGGAAAAAGGAGUGAGUUUCUACCCAAAAACUAAAAAACAUUUAGAUUAAUCUAAAAAAUUUGCAUGUUUUUUUUCUAGGAAAUGUGUGCAAUUAAUACCAACAUUUUUGGAUGAAAAUUUUCUUAUUUUUAUUUCUUUUUUGGAAAAAAAUUAUCACAUUAUCAAAAGUUGAACAUUUGCUUGAAAAAAGCUCAAAUUUUGUUUUGUUGUUGAUUAAUAUCAGAAUUUC